AGGGGAGUGGGGGGUCCCUGAAAACAGUGGGGAUGUGUGAGCCCUGAGGGGAGGUUGGGGAGAGGGGGUCCCACACCAUUGCCUACCCCCCCCUAGCCCCCCUCACACAUGGAGCACCCCGAAGGAGCUGAUCCUGCUGCCCCACGGGACUGUUGUGGUUGUGUGAGCGAUUUGCUCCCCAAGCUGCGGAAAUGCCUCUUCAGCUCCCGAGGAGAUGCCUCUGAGCCCAGCCGAGCCUCCCGGCUGCAGACAAGCCAGACCUGUGACAAGGUCCUGCGUGUUUGUGUCGAGCGAGUGGCCGAGUCCUGUGGCUGCCCAGCCCACACCUCCAGUUUGGUGGCCGUGGCUGAGGACGCUUGCCAUGGCUACCUGAGAGCCACUCUGCAGCCUGCUCCUCUCUACCUGGAGAAAAUCCUCUACCACCUGCUGCGGAACGUGGCCAGCCAGGGGAUCGGGGAUGCCUGCUGGAGGGUGGCUGAGCUCCUCCGUGCCAGGCUGCUGACUUACUGCCUCAGCCAGGUGCCCUCCAAGGACUUCAGGGCCAUCGCCCACAGCAGCUUCAGCGUCCUCUGGAGAGGAGGGGACACCUUAGCCCAGCAAGAGGACGAGGGCAGAGCUGCCCUCUUGGUCCGGCUGCGAGCGCUGCGCUUCCUGCUGCUGCUGGAGGAGGAGGAGGGGGGCCCCUUGCCUCCUCUGCAGCCCCCCUUCUUUGCCUUCCGUACAACACAGCAGGCAGUGUCUGCGGCUGCCCUCUACAAAGCCCAGCGGGCACCAUCCUUGGCUUUUCUCAGCCAGCAGCUCCAGGAUUGUUUGCUCGAGGUUCUGCGGAAGGAGGGGACGGAUCCGCCCUCCCCCCAGCGAGCCCUCUGCUUCUUGGAGCUGACGCUGGAGCGGUGUCGGCAUCUCUGCAAGGGCGACCUCCACCGCAAGGCUGAGGAAGUGGUCAAAGAUGCAGGAGUCUUCCUGAGGGCCAGCAGCAGCUCUGCAAAAUCUUCCAGUCAUCUCCUGUCCCUCCUGGAUGCUGGGGUCAAGCUGAGCUGGGUGCUGGCCAAGAGCACUGGCUCUGUGGGGCCACCCUUGUCCCAGGCUGCAGAGGUUCUUGGGGUGGCAGCAGAGGCCUCAGAACAACUCCUCAGGUUGAUGGCUGAGACCUCCCAGUUCAUCAUCUCCUCCCUCAAUGAGUUUGUGAAGCAGAGCAACCAUCUGCCCUUUGGACAGGAGGAUGUACUUGGCCUCUGGGCCUUCACCCAGGGGCACUGCAGGGUCCUCCACCAGCUGCUGGAGAGGGUUCCUCCUGAUGGUGUCACACAGAAGCUCAGUGUGAAGCAGCUGCUCUACCACAGCCUUCAGCUCUUUGCCACCAUGGUCUGUGAUGCCUUCCAGUGCUCUCAGGCUGUGGGCUGGGCAGGUCUGGAGCAGCUGGUGGCAGGCUGCCAGAGGAGUGUGGUGUGGAUGCUGGAAGGGCUGGAAGGGCUCCCAGAGAGUGAAAGAGCCAAGUACCUCGACAUCACUGCAUCCUGCACGUUCAGGCUGGCUUACAUCUUUUACAACCAGAACCUUUACAAGGAGGCCAGCUCUGUCUGUGAGAUCUUCUGCAAGGGGCUGCAAGCAGCAGAUGCCUCCAUGCAUGGAGAGCUCCCUCCAGAGAGGCUGCACAAAUGCUUCAGGCUGUGUGUGGAAAGCUACCGCAAGCUGGGGCAGCUGGAGGGAGCCCUGGAGUGUGUGGGGCAGUGGUUGGCUGCAUUUCAGGGCCAGCUGGGGGAGGUGCUGGCAGAAGCUGUGUCCCUCUGGGUCAGAGUCAAAACUGAAGCUGCAAAACGAGGAGCUGAGAACUUGAAGCUCCGGACCCUGAAGGAAGGCUUGGAGAGGCACAACCUGGACACAGAGGCCUUGGUGACCAUCCUCCUUGCAGAGCUGAAGGCUUACAAGAGCCUCCAAGGUGACACGGGACAGGAACGCUACAGUGUCCUCUGUGACCUGCUGGAGCUCUGCUCAGAGGAGAGAGGCUGCCUGCACCAGAGAGCUGUUGGCUUGAUAGAGCUGGCCCAGGUCUUGUGCUACCACAACUAUGCACAGCAGAUGGACUGCUCCUCUGUGGACUCAAUCCAUGAAGCCUUGAGGCUCCUAGAGUUGGUACCCAGGAGUGCCCAGAACCAGGCCCAGCUCCUUGAUGACCAGGCCCAGGCUCUGCUCUGGCUCUUCAUCUGCACCCUGGAGUCCAAGAUGGAGAAGAGCAUAGAGAGGGACCAGAGAUCCAAAGAUGAAAAGCUGAAGAACCUGGAUGAAUUUGAGCCCAAUGACCUCAACCAUGAGGACAGGCAGCUGGAGGACAGGUUCCUGUGUGAUAUCAUCUCCUUCAACCUGGCAGCAGAGAGUGCUCUGUCCAAAAGCCUGGAUGAUGCCUUUGCCUUGUGGAAGCAGCUCCUGGAGGCACCAGGUGUCCCUGCUGUACGCAGCCCUGAGCAGACUGUGGCUUCCCUGCACCUCCUGGCAGCUCUCUACAAGCUGAUGGCCAAGCCCUUGCAAGCCAUGGAGAGCUUCCUCCUGGUCAGAGACCUGUGCAGGGCACUUGGGGACAAUCUGGGCAUGGCUGGUGCCCUGUGCCAGGUCACCAAGCUGCUCUUCCAGCUGGAGUGUUCCAGCUAUGCCCAGCUUUUCCUGCAGGAGGUGGAAUCCUGCCUGCAGCAAGCUGACCACAGUGACAGCUCCUUCCCGGUGCUGCAGCAAACCUGCCUCCUGCUGCGCAGCCAGCUGUACUGCACCACCUCCCGGAAUGAAGAGGGGCUCACCCUGUUGCUGGAAGUGCUCCAGAACCUCCCUCACCAAAAAACCACAAAGCUCUGGUACCUGCUGAGAGCCCACAUCCUUCAGCUGGUGGCUGUCUACCUGAGUCUCCCCCCUGCCUGCCUCUCCCUGGAGCUCAGGCAGCAAAUCUUGGCACGAGGCUGGAAGACUCCUGAGACAGCUCUCAGUGAAGCUCAGAAGGUUCUCCGUAGCAUGAUUCUCCUGCUGAUGGGCAGCAACGUGCUGGGCUGUCGCACAGUGGUGUCUGACGUUCAGUUUGUGGAUUGUGGGGACAACCUGCUGCUGAAGUGGCAAGUGCUGGCUGACAUGCUGGUGUGCUUGGAGCACCUGGUGGCUCUCCUCAGCAGGUUGGAGAUGGUGUCUAAAGCCAAAGCAUUUUGCUUGGAGGCCACCAAACUAGCCAAGAAACUGCAAGGCACUCAGUGGUGUGCUUCCUUCCUGGUGCUGAAGGCCCAGCUGGAGCUGCAGCAGAGUCACCUAGAGCUGAGUAACUUCAACCUGGAGCAAGCUCUCUUCCUCCUGGAGUCUGACACCAAGUUUGAAGCCAGCAAGGAGCAGAAGGACCAGACAAAGAUCCUGCCCAGGAAGGGCAAACUCAAGGGCAAGAAGCUUCAGGACCCCAAUUCUGAGCCUCCUGGGGAAGAGGAGUUUUUCCUGAAGGGCCCUGCCCUGGAGUUUGUGGCCCCAGCCAGCGGGCUGGCCAAGGCAGAUGCUCUCACAGCCUCCCCAGAGCUGAAGCACAAGAAGAAGCAGCAGCAGCUGACUUUCCUUACCCACCCAGUCUCCUGCUCGUGCUGCCUCUGCUCCAGCCUUGUUCUCUCUGCUCUCUGCCUACGUUGGCUGCUCUCCUGUGCCCAGGGCAAGCUGGCAGCAGGCAGGGUGGCCCAGGGCCUGGCUCUGCUGAGGGCUCUGCUGCUGCGCUGCUCCGCUCUGCCCGCUCGUUUUGCUCCUCUGCUGAGGGACAAGCUGUGGGGUGGCUCUGCCAGCAGCCAGGACCUGCCCGUGCUGGAGCUACUGAAUGAUCUGAUGGCUGCUGGUUAUGCUGUGUUGGCUCUGCAGAGCUUGGCUAACCCUGGGCUGGCUGAGGAGCUGAAGGAGGAACUGGAGAUGGGUUUGACCUUCCUGGCAUCCUGCAAGCCCCACUUGCCCAGUUGGGGAGUCUCCAAGGCCACCCUGCUGCUGGCCAAAGCUGUGGCUGGCACUUGCUGCCUGGCCUCCCAGCAUGGUGGCUCUGUGGAUGGUGUCUUCACCACUUCUUGGACCUGGCAGCUGCCCACACCAGCUCCAGCAGAGCCCAGGGCUGCGGUCGUGCCCCAGACUCUGCAAGCAAGCAAAACCCAAUCCCAAAGGUGCAAAACUGCCCCCACUGUGCCCAAGCCCAGAGGAAAGAAAAGCCAGAGAACCAAGUCUGCAGCUUUGCCCAGCACUGACAUCUUGGCUGUGGGUGAUUCAGACAGUGAGGUGCCUCCCAUCAUCAUCCGGGCAGGGCCAGUGCCCCACACCCCUCACCAGAAAGCCCCAGCCCCCACUCCCAGGACUCCCUUUACCAUCUUCAAUGAAUCCUCCCCUUGGGCUGCCAAAUCCUGGCUCCUGAGAGCCCCCAGAGGCUUGGGGAGGGUCAAGUCUCGCCUAAAAGUGACAUUCAGUGAUGACAGUGAUGUGGAAGAUCCCAAAGUGGGGCUGACCCCCAGAGCUGCCUGCAAGACCUCCUGUGCCCAGAAAGCUCAGCCCCAAAAAUCCCCCCGGAGGGGUGGACAGAAAAGCACUGCCCAGCCCCAGAGAGGGAGGCCACAUGCCCACCAAGCCAGGGCUGGAGAGAAGAAAAAGCAGAGGACCCACAGGACAAUGAGCAAGAGGACAGAGGAGGAGAAGGAGCUCCUGAGGGCCAUUGAGGAAGAGCUUGAGAUCAGCUCCAAAGAAGAGAAAAGAGCCCCAGUUAAGUGGUUGUGUCAGUCUGUUCCCACUGCUGGCAGCAGUCCCAGGGAUCAGGUGGCUCCUUCCCUCCCCACAGGUGGGAGAUGGCCCAGGCAGGAGGGUGCAGACAGGGAGCACAAGGUCCUGUGGCAAGAGGCCAGUGAGGACAUCAUCCCAGUGCAGUGUCUGCAGAGGGGACAGUCCCUACAGCCAGAGGGGACCCUUUCCUCUGCCCUGCCCACAGAUGUCUCCUCACUGAACACAGUCCUUGAGCUCCUGAAAGAUGCUUUCAACUGUAUCAGCCACUGCCCUCCUGGGGUGCUCUACAGCCAUCUCUGCCAGCUCCUGGCUCUUGCCAUGGGGAACCAGGACCCCUUUUCCACUGCCUACCUGCUCUCCGAGUCUGUCUCUGUCACCACUCGCCACCAGCUGCUCAGCAUCAUCCACAGGAAGAUUCACAAAGAGAAGAAGUUGGGAGUGGAUGUGACCGAGCAGCUCCGUGGGCUCUCCCUGCAGGAGGGGAAUUCUGACCAACGCAGCCACCACCUCACUGAGCUCCAGAGACUUUUCAUGUUCAGCUCCACAGGGUUGGGCUCUGGGGAGCAGGAUGACUUCCAGACACAGCUGGAACAGAUCCCCAGUGGGGUGACUGUGUGUGUGUUGACCCUUGCCACCAUCCAACCUGGCUCCCCAGGGCACACCCUGCUCCUGGCACGACUGGAAAAGGGCACCACUCCUCUCACCAUCCGCAUCCCCCCCACACUCAACAAGGUGCUGCUACGUUUGCUGAGUGACUUUGAUGCCAUCCAGAAAGAGCAGAAAGAAGCCAACAGCUGCACAGACAAACAGAGCUGGUGGCUGCGUCGCUUCGAGCUGGAUGGCAGGAUGAAGAGCCUCAUUGAGACCCUGGAGAUGGAGGUUUUGGGCUGCUGGAGGGGUGUCCUGAUCCCCACCAGCCCUGAGCCUGCUCUGGCCAAGGAAGCUGCCUGCUUGCACCCCCAGCUCUGCCACUAUGGCUGGAGGGACUUGGAUCCCACCCUGCUCAAGGUGGUGCUGAAUGCUGCUCCCCUCCUCACCCCCCAUGAUGUGCAAGCUCUGGCCUUUGGCCUCUGCCCCACGCAGCCCCUCCAGGCUCAGCUCCUCUUGCAGGGGGCGGUUGAGAAGUGCAGAGCUUGUGCCAAGCAGUCCCCAGGCUCCCUCGUCCUGGUGCUGGAUAAGCACCUCCAGAAGCUGCCCUGGGAGAGUAUGGCCUGCCUGAAGACUGUGCCAGUCACUCGCCUCCCUUCCCUGCGCUUCCUGCUCAGCUACUCCCUGGCACAGAAGCAGCAGCAGGCAGGGUCUGUGCUGAGCCGCGGUGUGGACCCCAACAGCACCUUCUACGUCCUCAACCCACACAGCAACCUCCUGGGCACUGAGGAGCGAUUUCGGGAGUGGUUUGAAAGUGAACCUGGCUGGAAGGGGGUGACAGGAGCCGUCCCGAGCCCUACACGGAUUCAGUCGGCUCUGCAGGAGCACGAUCUCUACAUAUACAUGGGGCACGGAGCAGGUGCCAGGUUCCUGGAUGCCCAGACCCUCUCUCGCCUGGAUUGCCGCUCCGUGUCCCUGCUCUUUGGCUGCAGCAGCGCCGCGCUCGCCGUCCGCGGGGGCCUCGAGGGCUCUGGGAUCAUCCUCAACUACAUCAUGGCUGGCUGCCCCUUUGUCCUGGGGAACCUCUGGGAUGUGACAGACCGGGACAUCGAUCGCUACGCCCAGGCACUGCUGCAGGGCUGGCUCCGGGGGGGCUCUGCUGCCCCCCUCCUCUCCUAUGUUGCCCAAGCCCGCCAAGCCCCCAGACUCAAAUACCUCAUUGGGGCAGCCCCUGUGGUCUAUGGGCUGCCUGUCUGCUUGAAAUGAGGGCAGGGGGGAAGUCCUGUCCCCCCUGUAAGGCAACAGUGGGGGUUGGCAGGGGACAACGUGGCAACAAUUUUAAUUUAUUUUAAUAGAUGCAUUUUAUUGCUGUAUUCUGUGACAAUAAAGCUGCUGCUU